UACUGGGUUGAUUUUUAAAUUUUGCUGGGAGUUCAUUGAUGGGCUUUUUGUCCCGGAUUCAGUUCGAUUUUCGCGUUUCGGGUUCGAAGUUAACGAUCAGUGAACUCGGGGGAUAAUUUAUUCCUGUGUUAUGAGAAGGAUUAUGCUGAUUUGCGCAUUAAAUUGUCUAUCUUCCUUUUUCCCUCUCUGUCGCUCGAAGUAAUUUGGUUUUAAUUGAUAUAAUUGUCUUUGUCGGGUUUAUUUUAGCUCGAAUAACAGUGUUCGAGUUUGCUGAUUCUGGUAGGCUCUUGGUCGUAUUCUUCUUCUUCUUGUGGGGUUAGUUUUAGUUUGGAUUUUGGAAAGGACAGAAAUUUGGCGGUAUCUUACCUAGUUCGUCGAAUGCCGGGUCUGUCAUCUUGAAAUGUCCUACGAAGUUUCAAGCUGAAAUUCCUGGUUUUGAUGGGGUUUUGAGAAUUCGGGCAUGAGGUGUUGACUUUUUACGACUUGAAAAAAUUCUGGGCUAUGUUUAAUCAACGAGCUUGGGCUCUUAAAACUGUCUCUUUGAGGUUGAGUGUUUCAAAGGUUGAGUCUUUUUUGUUGCAUAGUUUUAAUUUGACGAGUUGAAUUUCAACGGCCGUAUGCUCAUGGCGACUCCUCCUUACACGUCCCUGUGGCUCAUCAAAAGCCAUAUUACCUUUGCCAAAGUGGAUGUGUAAUUCCAUUCCUUUUGCAUUGAUUCCAUAUCUUAUUUAUGGCCUUUCUGCUUCCGGAUGUAGACGUCUCAUCGUCUCUUUGAUAGUUUCACACGGCCUAUGCCUGAAAAUAGCUUUAGUAUUUUGGAUAGCAUAAUGCAUCAUCUUCCCCUUGUUCUUUUUAUCUGUUUGUUUGUGGUGUUUGUUGAGGCUUAAGGGAGACCUCUAGGGGGAGAAAGAUCAAAAUCUGGUGAGAGAGGGGAACCGAUGAACAAUCCUGUACCCUGUCAGGCAUCCCCUCUGGUCUCUGGUGGAGAUUCUGGUGGGCGUUUGUUUUCACCUUCCUCUGGAUUCUGCAGUGGUAUGCAUGUUUCAUCAGUCUCGUCACAUGAAAGGAACUCUCAAACGCAGCCUUCCGUUUCUACCAUGCCAAGAGAGAGAGCUUUGUCUCGCGUGGCUGGAGAAGGGCAGAUCCAAGAUUGUCCUUUGGAAAUACAAUCCCAGUCACUGAUUAGUCACUCUCAAGAGCAGAAAGAUAUGCCCUGGUGUGCCGAUCCGAUGCAGGGGUUCUUUGAUUUCCCUGACCAUGUCCCUAUUCAGAAUCCACCAGCAGAGAGCAGUAGAGGAAUGGUUUCAUCCGAGGACCUCCACAAGAAAAGUGAGUGGCAAGAGUGGGCGGAUCAUUUGAUCUCUGUUGAUGAUGGGCUAGAACCAAAUUGGUCUGAACUUCUUGGGGAUCCUAGUCUUCAGAAUCAUGAUUCAAAGAUAUCACCACAAUCUUCCGACAUACCGAGGGAAGAGGUAAAGAUUAAGCAGCAUCAGACGGUAGUAUCAUCUGGGGAGCAAUUUUCCGGCAAAAACUCAUCAUCCAGUGCUCCACCGUUGAAGCAGCGGAUGCGCUGGACACCAGAACUUCACGAGUCAUUUGUUGAAGCUGUCAAUCAGCUUGGUGGUAGUGAACGAGCCACGCCUAAGGCUGUUUUGAAGCUCAUGAAUAACCCAGGAUUGACCAUAUAUCAUGUAAAAAGCCAUUUGCAGAAAUACAGAACAGCUAGGUACAAGCCCGAGUCCUCAGAAGGUACAGAAGGAGAACCUUCAGAGAAGAAGCUGACCUCCAUUGAAGAUAUUAAAUCUCUUGACUUGAAAACGAGCAUCGGAAUCACGGAAGCUUUACGAUUACAGAUGGAAGUUCAGAAACGUCUCCAUGAGCAGCUCGAGAUACAGAGGAAGUUGCAGCUGCAGAUCGAAGAACAAGGACGGUAUCUGCAGAAGAUGUUUGAGAAACAACAAAAGAUGCAAGACAAUCAGAACAAGGGACCAAACCCUGAUGAUGACGACGAUGAUCCCUCGGCUCCAUUACAAGACCAGUCAUCGCCUUCCCCGAAAAAAUCAGACAGCUCAGGGUCACAACCAAGGCAAGACAACGUCGCAUCUCGGAAAGAGAAGAAGGGGGAUGGUUUUAGCUCGGCGGAUGAGGAUCGAUCCAGUUCUUCCCCGUCCAAGAAACGGGCCAGAGAAGAUUAGAAGUUAAAAAGAGUUGUGGGGUCGAUGAUCUCUGGUCGAACUCAGAAUCCAAGAAGGCGGGUAGGACCUUUCUUGUGGCUUAAGGUAGGGUUUGGUGGGUUGAACAAGAAGGCUUUGACUUGGUCUUUUUUUAAUAUGUUUUUUGUUGGUUUAGAAGCAGUCACUUUUGGGAGCCCCCUGCGAAAACUGCUGAGACAGAUGAAAAGAAGUGUGCAGAUGCUGUACAUAUUGUAUUUGCUUUUGUUUCUCUCCAUGGAAAUUGCAGUUUGCUUGCACCCAUGAAAA